UAAGCUCACUUACACUUCACCACCCGAAUAGAGAAAAGAAUUAAUUCUAAGGCAUAUUUUUUUUUUCACUCUCAAAUUAAUGCACAUGAACACCUACUCUGAAGCCACCACAUCACAACCAAUGCCACCCACCAUGGAUGAAGAUUUGGAGAACAACACGGAGGAUUGCAACAAUGCAAUGACUCCGAUGGUGAGAAAGAAGUCAGAACUAGUUGUGGUCACAAAUAAUGACUCUCGUUUCCAAAUGCUUAGAAAUUUCAUGACCAAUUUGCAAGAGGUCAUCUUCGGUACUAAGCUUGUGGUGCUUUUUCCGGCAGUCCCUUUGGCUGUUGUUGCAAAUUUUUAUAGCUUUGGAAGGCCUUGGAUUUUUGCUUUCAGCCUACUUGGACUUGCUCCGCUAGCUGAACGUGUUAGCUUCCUGACUGAGCAAAUUGCAUAUUUCACCGGCCCAACAGUUGGAGGGCUUCUGAAUGCAACAUGUGGAAAUGCAACCGAGAUGAUCAUAGCAUUAUUAGCACUUCACCAGAACAAAGUUCAUGUUGUGAAGUUGUCUUUGCUGGGUUCCAUUCUCUCAAACCUUCUCUUGGUUCUUGGCAGUUCACUCCUCUGUGGUGGUUUAGCCAAUCUUAAGAGAGAACAAAGAUAUGACAGAAAGCAGGCAGAUGUAAACUCACUGCUUUUGUUGCUGGGGUUACUGUGCCAUUUGCUGCCAUUGCUAUUCAAAUACGCCUUAGGAGGAGGCAAUCAUUCUAUAGCCACUAGCACUCUUCAGUUGUCAAGAGCAAGCAGCAUUGUUAUGCUUCUAGCAUAUGUUGCUUACAUCUUCUUCCAAUUGAAAACCCAUAGAAAAUUGUUUGAUGCACAAGAGGUGGACGAAGAAGAGGAAAAGGCAGUGAUAGGAUUUUGGAGUGCAUUUACGUGGUUGGUGGGUAUGACAUUGGUCAUAUCUCUGCUUUCUGAAUAUGUUGUGGGAACUAUUGAGGCUGCUUCAGAUUCUUGGGGCAUUUCUGUAAGCUUCAUUAGCAUAAUUUUGCUGCCAAUUGUUGGAAAUGCUGCAGAACAUGCUGGUUCAAUCAUAUUUGCUUACAAGAACAAGUUGGACAUAUCUUUGGGUGUUGCCAUGGGAUCUGCAACCCAAAUUUCUAUGUUUGUGGUUCCAUUAAGUGUAGUUGUUGCAUGGAUAAUGGGUAUAAGAAUGGAUUUGGACUUCAGUCUUCUUGAAACUGGAUGCCUUGCUUUUACAAUUAUAAUUACAGCGUUCACUUUACAGGAUGGAACUUCACACUACUUGAAAGGAGUGAUUCUUACACUAUGUUACGUGGUCAUUGGUGCAUGUUUUUUUGUUCUCAAAACUCCUCUAAUUGGGCAAUCUCCUAAGGCCAGUUUUGGAGCUAAAACCAUCCUUUGAAGCCAUCACCACUUAAAUGAUUUUGUUUCCGACACUAAGAUAACCAAUGUCACCCUAUGGAUAACUGAACCUCGUCUCAAGGAUCAAUUGCAGAGAUGGAUAUUUUUAUUCAUGGUGGAGAUUGUGUGCCUAUGACUGAGGCUUUGGGCAACAUCAUAAAAUAUAUAAAAAAAAAUAGUGACUUCAAUGCUUUAUAUAAUUCUUUCUUUGUAAUAAGGUUUAACAAUGACGCUUUGGGUGUGAAAUCGCGUCUACGUGUUCUUUUCCUCUGUUUUAAUUUUUCGUCAUGCCUUCUUACUCUUUAUAGAUAUUAUAAUUUUCCAUGUACUUCAUUCAUGUUCGCACCACUUUCAUGUACCAAUGAAUAAGAAUUUCUUUUUGCAUAGGAUGUAAAAAAUAUUUCUUAAUAAAAUUGUCCUUGUUACAAUU